AUGAGUGUAUCCAGGCAUCAGCACGUCGAUCUCCUUCUCUGCGCGGGUGGUCAUGACCUGGAUCAGCGACUUGAGCAGCUUGAGCAGCUUCUUGAGCUCCUGUCUGACGAAAAUCCGCAUAUCUGUGGCCACCUGGUCGUUUCUGGACCGGCCGGUGUGGACUUUGCCAGCAAUGUUCUUGCCGAUGAUCUCGCCGAGUCUUCUCUCGUUGGCGGUGUGAAUAUCCUCGUCACCGGGCUUCUCGACAAACGUGCCGUGGGCCCACUCCUCGCCAAUGAUCUUCAAACCCCUGUGGAUCUCAGACAGCUCGUCGCUGGUCAAAAGCCCCAGCUUGCUCAAACCUUCAGUGUACACUCUUGUUCCUUCCAAAUCAGCACCGUACAUCUUCUGGUCAUACGGCAACGAAGCGUUGUACAGGUCCAUGAGCGGGUCGGAUGCUCCCGUGAACCGGCCGCCCCAAAGUCUUGA